CCAAAUUCCAAAUCACUUGUCAUGGAUCCACCUACCUCAACAAAGCUUCUACUAGACCAUCUUCCUAAGGGAACCUUUUUUGAGGGCCUUGAGCUCUACCAAAGGGAUGGUUUCUGGUACAGGCCCCGUCACCUUGAAGCUGCAAUCGCCUCUCACUCUCAGUUUGAAGCUCAUGAUGAUGAUGUUAUUUUGGCUUCUGCCAUGAAAACAGGCAGCACUUGGCUCAAAGCCCUCUGCUUUUGCAUUAUGCAGAAGAAAUGUGAUGUUGAUCUCAAGAAGGAUGAGGAGGACCUUUUGGCCCUACAGCACCCUGCAUUCUAUGUGCAGACAUUGGAAGUCCAGGUUUACACUGCAAAGCCUCCUCCUGAUCUCUCGGGCAUGAAAUCUCCGAGACUCUUCCACACCCACUUGCCUUAUAGUGCCCUUCCUGAGUCCAUCAAGAGCUCAAAGUGCAAGAUUGUUUACAUAACCAGAAACCCAAAAGACACUUUGGUUUCAAUGUGGCAUUUCUUCAACAAGCUUAGGACACCAGAAGAAGGUCCAUAUCCCUUAGAAAACACUGUUGAGAGCUUCUGCAAUGGUGUUUUCCACUUUGGGCCUUUUUUCGACCAUGUUUUAGAGUACUGGAAUGAGAGCUUAAAGAUGCCUCAAAAAAUACUUUUUCUCAAGUACGAGGAGCUGCAAAGGAACCCAAAAGAGCAAGUAAAAAGGCUUGCUUCAUUUCUAGGAAAGCCAUUUGCAGAGGAGAAAGAGGCGGAGGAGCUGAUAUGGAGGUGUAGCUUGGAGAGGCUGAAGAACUUGGAAGUAAACAAAAAUGGUGUGGAUCCGUGGGUUGGGAUGCCAAACAGUUCUUUCUUCAGGAAUGGUGUUGUUGGGGGCUGGAAAAACACCUUGACACAGGAAAUGGGGAAGCGGAUCGAUGAAAUUUGCAGCAUGAAGUUGGAGGGGUCUGGCUUAGUUCUUGUGGAUCAUGCUUUAGAGAAUGGUGUUGCUCAAACUCAGUAAACUUCUGCUGCUAUGCAAUACAAUUUCUUUAUCUAUCAUAUGCCAACAUUUAUGUAAUGAUUGUUUCUAUCUCUAAUCUCUCCAUCAGCUUGUACUUUUUGUUUUCUUUUGUUGUGGCCGGUAUGAUUUGAAGUAAUGUCACGUGGGCUCAAGAUCGAGUUUG